AUGUCCUCGAGAACUUUGCGCAGUCGCGCCGCGAAACCGGCGCAAUCUCUCCUUCCGCCAGCAAAGACGACGCAGGCAGGAAUCAAGGGAUUUACGCGGACAGCAAAAGCCGGCGUUGGGGCAGCGGCGGUUGCGGGCAAAGUUGGCAGCUCUUCUUUGAAACGGAAGCUGCAGGAUGCGGAUAUCGAAGAAAUUACGACGACCAAGGCGCCCGUUAAAGAACGGAAGACUUUGAAACCCGGAAAGACCGUCUCGAAGCUUUUAUAUAAACCUAGCGCUUCCGCCAGCGUUCCCAAAGAGGAGGCAGAGUCGAUUGAACUCCAUCUUGAUCAUGACGCUCCGGCUAGCAAAACCGAUGAACCUGUCCGUGAAACAACACAGGCAAGCCCUCAUACCGAACACGAACAGCAAUCCGAAUAUUACCAACCCCCCCGGUCAUAUAAUGAACUUACCAACCUAUACUCUUCCUUCCUCAAAGCAUUAUCGCUACAUCUUGCACACAAUGGAGUUACGGCAGCAGCAGAUCUUAGAGAAUUUCUGCCCAAUAUGGAACGGGUGUGGAAGAGACGAAGAGUUGUCACGGAAGAUAUUCAAAGGCUAUUGUAUGUGGAAAAUAGUGGAACCAACAAAAGCGCCAGUUUUAGACUCAUUGAUUACGGAUCGAGAAUCCUGCUUGAAAGGAUACGGGCGGAUGAUGCUACGAUUCCGGGGCAUGCUUUGGAUGAGGAUGAGCUAAAUGCGAACUUUGGAAGAAGCUUGACACGCAUCUUGUCCGAAAAAAGAAGUGCAGUAUCUGAUUUUGACUGCAUGCGAGACCUCCCCCUGGCGCCGAUUUACAAGAUCCCAAAGACCUUCCUUUCGAUCAAAAAACAAAAAGCGUCCAAUAUACGGCGUGAAAUAGUCGGCCUAAAGACACCAGAUACAGUGGCUAAUGUCAAGGAGACGACUCCCGUUCGUAAAUCGUGUACAACUGAGCGGCGGAACGGCCUCUUAGAAAGAAUUAGACAAAAGGCACUGCGGCAGUCUACGUUGGCCCCGCCAAUAUCCAAAGAGACUGUUAUGCGAAGGGCGGCUGCUGCCCGCAUCCCAGAUAUUGUCGGCGUGCUCCUUCUACUGGCACCCUCUGCAUCUACGGGCUUGGAUAUGUCUCCUUCGCAUGCAAAAAAAGCCUACAAGUUGGAUACGAUCGUUCAAAAUAUUCAAGACUCGAUGCAUAAUCCCGUUUCCAAAGACGAGGUCUCAACGGGUUUGGAUAUCCUGUCCCGUCCGGAAAUUUCAGGGGACUGGGUCACAAUCAUGUCUGUCAACUCGAUAAAAUCGGUGAUUUUGAGACCGUCAAGGAAUGUAUCUCCGCAGGAAAUAAAGGAUAAGGUCAAAAAAUUAAAGCUGUGA